ACCACUUACUAGACAUUCGCACACUCUGUGUACCUAUAGAAGAAAAAAAAUAGUCAGCUGUCAAGCUGUCAUCUUUUCAUUGAUUAUUUUUGUGGUAUUGCGCGAAAAUAAUAAUUAAAAUACAUAAACUUCUUUCCAUAUCACCAUAGCAAAACCCCGUGUAUGGGUUGUCCAUAACCACCAGCUUAGUGCAGUGUCCCCGUGUGCGAUUUCAUUGCGGCCCAGUAAUCAUGCCGGGCACAAAUCUCAUUGUACCGGUUGUGCUAUGGGGCAAGCAUGCACCUACACACUGCAUCUCCUCAGUGUACCUAUCCAGAGACCAGAAGACACUGGUGACCGGUUGCUAUGACGGUCAGAUAUGUAUCUGGCAAGUGGAGCCUGAGACAUUGAAGAUGACGCCGAGAUGCCUUCUUGUAGGCCACACAGCUCCUGUCACUUGUCUAUCCAGAGCUUCUAUUAUACAGGAUAACAACUUCAUAGUGAGCUCUUCUGAGGCAGGUGAGAUGUGUACCUGGGACUUAGUUGAUGGCAAAUGCAGGGAAAGUGUGAAGCUCACACAAGUCCAUACCAAUAUACAGGCAUACCACAUGUGCAAUAGUGAUGAUCUACGCCUCUUCUGCAAUGGCUACUAUGCUGAAAUAUUGAUCAUGGACCCUUUUUCAUUGGAAAUACUAUUCAGUUUGAGUUCCAAGAUGAAUCCGGAUUGGAUAUCUGCUUUGCAUGUGUUACGCCCAUCUUCAAGAAAGGACGAUGUCGUACUCGCGAUUUCAAUUACUGGUACUGUGAAGGUCUGGUCCCUUCUUGGUCACGAAAACAAGCAAUCCGAACCGAUUUACGAGAACGAAUCAAAACAGAUAAGAUGUCUAAACGCACUGUCGCUCAACUGUUGCGCUUACAACCAACGCACAGUUCUGAUCGUGUGCGCUAAGUACUGUCAGAUAUAUGACGCAGGGGAUUUUUCCGUCCUCUGCUCAAUCCAGGCGCCAUCCGGCGAGCGAUGGAUGACAGGUGACUUCCUCGCACCGGACAAAAUCCUUGUAUGGUCCACAGAAGGAAAGGGGUACCUUUAUAAACUACCCGCAAAUUCUGUACCAGAUCACAAGGGUUUCCACGGUCCUUCCGUGGAGCACGACAGCCCUACGCUGUUCAGUAUAUUAGCCCAUCCGGAUAACAAGUUGCUGUCAUGCCCACCGGCAAUGCGGUUUAUAUUAACCUCAGUGGGCGGUAAACAGAGGAGGUUGCUGUUAAGGGGGGACUCACACGGGGUGGUAUCACUCUGGAACGUGGACGACGCAGUAGCGGCACCGCAACCCGGCGAGACCACUUCUCACGCGCCGAUCGUGCUAACUAGUCUGGAGAUGGCAUGGGCGGAAAUGAAUCCAAGUCCCGUGGGUAUUCUGGACCAGUUCAGCCACCCUGAAGAACCAGAAAUGAAACUUACCGCAUCGAUUUACCUCUUGGCGGCAAACCGUCUAGUGGUGGGUCGCGAGGACGGAUCUAUUGUAAUCGUGAACGCAACUCACACUGUCCAAUUGCAAUUGCUACACGGAAAUCACCAACAGUUGGAUGAUUUGCCAUUACAUCAACUUCUACUCGGUCACAACGGCAGAGUCAACUGUCUUUUAUAUCCGCACCAUGUCCAUCAUAGAUACGAUAAAGCACACCUGGUUUCCGGUGGCAUAGAUUUCGCGGUUUGUCUGUGGGACCUAUUCAGUGGAGCCCUUUUGCACCGCUUUUGUGUGCACGCGGGGGAAAUAACACAGCUCAUCGUACCGCCACUCAAUUGUAGUCCUCGAAUACAAAAAUGCAUAUGCUCCGUUGCCUCCGAUCACAGUGUCACAUUAUUGAGUCUCACGGAGAGGAAAUGCGUCACCCUCGCUUCCCGCCACUUAUUCCCAGUGGUGACCAUUAAAUGGCGGCCAUUAGACGACUUUAUGGUGGUGGGGUGCAGCGAUGGCACUGUUUACGUGUGGCAGAUGGAGACUGGCCACCUGGAUAGAGUUUUGCACGGAAUGAUAGCGGAAGAAGUCCUCGCGGCCUGCGAUGAGACGCUGGACAACGAACUCGGUGGUGCCAUUACUUCUGGCACUGACCUGCAGGGGCUGGCCAAUCCCGCUUUGCAUUUCUUCAGAGGCCUUCGUCACCGGAAUUUGAACGCGAUGCGUGCGGCCACACAACGCGGUUUAGCAGCGUUGCAAGCGACAGAUAGGAGCGGCAACGCCGGGCCUCUGGCCGAACCGGCUCGCGCGCGCAGGGCUCCGCUGACCAUCCAGGGCUUCCGCUCCAACCCCGCUGAUCCCGAGAGCCAUAUCCUGUUCUUCGAUAUCGAAGGCCUGAUCGUGGAACUCCUCAGCGAGGAGUAUUCCGCCAUGAGCCCAGCUAGUCUUGAGGCCGCCGGUCUCAUAACCAGCGAGUAUAUGAAGGUGGCAGCACUGACACAGUCUGCAAGCCCAGAUGCCGCCAAAAGGAUAUCCGACUUCUUUGGACGCGUGAAGGACAAAGCUGGUGAUAUGGAAAGGCUUUUAAAGGAAAAGGACAAACACGGUAUUCUGGCCAAGAUGAAGGAAGGUGCUGAAACGAUGCAGACAAAGUUGCAGGCGAAAGCUGAGCAGAUUAAGGCGCACUUAGAACCUAAAGAUGAGACCCCAACGAAGCGGGGCCGACCACGCGACAUGUCCCUGGCUGAACCGCCACCGACCAUGGAGAUUGCGCAGAUCCUAAUAUCCCUGCUGCACGCAUGGGGCCUCGACCCGGACCUGGACAGGGUCUGCGAGUCCAAACUGGGCCUUCUGCGACCCAUGGUGCCAGUCUGCUUCGGCGUGGUCUCCCGCCACGGCCAUAUGGCAGUCCAGCUGCCCACCAGGCUAGGAGGCUGGGCCGAUGUCUGCGCGUCAGCUCCCGACGACCCUGUCCUCAUGACCUCCGAUCUCCCAGCCGAGCUUGUACGACAGGAGAAAUUAACCAGAUUGUUCACCUCCAAGCUGCAUUGGGAACUCAGCACUACCUUAACUACGAACCACCUUCUGUCCAUCGUUGCUCUCGCCAAUACUUUGAUGUCGAUGAGCAACGCGAGCUUCGUGCCAGAGCAGGAAGUCGCCAGGAGAUUGCACAGGCCGACGACCCGCACCUCCUCGUGGGCGGGGGACGAGGAGCGCGAGGAACAGCUGGCGGCACAGCAGGCGCACAUAAAGCAGGGCUGGUCGCUGCUGGCUACGCUACACUGCGUGCUGCUACCCGACAAAGUUGUUGCCGCAGGUGCAAAGAGCUUCAAGCGUCCUCAAGUGGAAAUGCUGGCGCGAAGGUGGCAGCACCACUGUCUGGAAGUACGUGAUGCAUCGCAGGCUCUGUUACUGGCAGAACUUGGCAGAUUGGGCCCAAAAGGUCGCAAGUCACUGGUGGACAACUGGGCGCAAUAUCUGCCGCUCUACACGCACACUGAAAGCAUUAACCCGAACGCGGCCAAAAAGGAGCCCGUGGAAAAGGACCCGAGAGACCAAGAAGAAGAGUUCGAGGAAGAAGAGGAAGACCAGAUCCGGAAGCCUUCAUCCAUAGCUGAGCUGAAGCGCAAGCAAACCACCUCAGUGGUGUUGCUGGGCGUGAUCGGCGCUGAGUUUGGACAGGACAUCGCCAGUGAAGGCGCGGCAGGAAAUAAACGUCGCAAAGAUGGUGACAGCAGAAAGAGCUCUAUCGUUGAAGGGUUCACGCUCAGCGCCUCCAACAACCUGGCCCGCCUGACAGCGCUCGCGCUGACGCACUUGCUACUGGCGGCCGGUUCCCCCCGCCUCCCCUCACACACCCCUCUGCGUCGCGCGGCCGUCGACCUGCUGGGUCGCGGCUUCGCGGUCUGGGAGCCCUACUUGGAUGUCAGCCAAGUGCUACUUGGCUUACUCGAGAUGUGCUCAGACGCGGACAAACUGGUGCCGUCGAUGACGUACGGUCUGCCGCUCACCCCUCAGGCAGAUUCCUGCCGCACCGCGAGACACGCUCUCACCCUCAUUGCCACUGCCCGACCAGCGGCGUUCAUAACAACAAUGGCGCGGGAGGUGGCACGAUGCGCCGCCGCCCCCGCGGGUGCUCCGCCCCUGCCCGCAGCCCUGGCGCUGCAGAGGGGCCGCGCGGAGGUGCUCCGGGGCAUUGAGUUGCUGAUUGAGAGGAUGCACGCCGAAGUCGCCGAGCUAUUGGUCGAAGUAAUGGACAUAAUCCUGCACUGCGUGGACCAAUCUCACCUGAAGAGUAAGGGCCUCAACGAGGUGUUCCCGGCCAUCUGUCGGUACAACCAAGUGUCCCACUGUCCGGCCACUAGGCGAAUCGCAGUGGGAAGUCACACAGGUCAGCUGGCAAUCUACGAACUUCGUGCUGGUCGUUGCCAGUCACUAGCAGCACACACUGGCCCGGUGACCGCGUGUGCGUUCAGUCCGGACGGGCGAUACCUCGUGUCCUAUGCCACUUCGGACAACAGGCUGUCCUUCUGGCAGAGUACAGCUGGCAUGUUCGGCUUGGGCGCGGCGCAGACACGCUGCGUGAAGUGCUACAGCACGGCGCCAAUGGCGGACGUGGCGCGGCUAAACCCAGCUCGCCUGGCGCGGCUCGUCUGGACCAACUCGCGCUCCGUCACCCUUAUGCUUGCGGACGGCUCCGAGACCAGGUUCAACGUGUAAAGCGGCUCUUAUUAUACCACAAUAACUUAUAUAAUAUACAGGGCUAUAUAAAAAAUACCAAAAAGCUCUCGG